GGUGUGAUCAGCCAAUUGCCGGGCACAUCACGGAUGAAGGACGUUUAUUUCGGUACAUUAAUUGGAAAAUUGGCCAAAUAUUCCCACGAAGUCAACGGGGAAGUGUACGCGGUAGACGAGAGUACCUUGUUUAUCAAAAACUUCAACUACGAUGGCCAGGGGCCUCAGACUUUUUUCUGGGCCGGAAAUAGCCCGACACCCGAUGACAGCGGGUUUAUUAUACCCGAUGAAAAGGGAUCCACAAAAUCGCUAAACGCCUAUCAAAAUCAAAACAUCGUAUUACGAUUACCUGAGGGUAAAACAUUGCGCGACAUUAACUGGCUAUCUGUCUGGUGCCGGGAGUUUAAGGUUAACUUCGGCGACAUAGCUAUCGACAAAAAUCUAGACAUACCGUCGCCGGUGGAGAUACCAGCGCUCAGCCGACUGGCCCACGACGUCCGUAGCGGUCCCAUCACUAUAGUGGACGCCCAGACAUUUCUAGUGCCCAAUUUCUAUUACGAUGGUCAGGGCCCCGCUGGUUAUUGGUGGGCCACCAAAGGCCCGAGACAGGCACCAACUGGUUUACGGCUAAAGGACGAGAACGGAUCGCCGGCGCCGUUGCGGCGAUACUCCGGCGAAACGGUAGUCAUAUCACUGCCGGACGACAAAACCAUCUAUGACUACGACUGGCUGGGCGUCUGGUGCGAGGAGUUUAACGUGGACUUCGGGCACAUCCGUAUACCACAGCACAUCCGAGUGCCGCCAUCGCCC